UCCAUUCACCCAUGUGUGUCACUGAGGGAAGAGGGAUGCAGAAAGGAGCGGAUCCCACUGAGCAGAAACUGCACCCAGCACCCAGUGGCAAGGGAGAGCCGGGGAGAAGAGAAGCAGAGCCAGGUUAUUGGCCUGGCCCCCAGUCCCCAAAACCUGCUGCACAGAAAGUGCUGGUGGCUGUUCUAGGCGCAGUCACUGCCCUCCUCGUUCUCACACUGAUCGUUACCACAGCUGCUUUGGCAGGGGGGAAAUCGACACCGUGUUUGGCUGCCGUCGCAUGCCCUGAAGGCUGGGUCGGGUACGGAGGGAAAUGUUACUAUUUCUCAGAGCUGGAAGGGAACUGGAGCUCCAGCCAGAGCCACUGCUCUUCCCUCGGCGCCUCCCUGGCUGGGAUCGACACCCUGCAGGAGAACGCUUUCAUGCUGCGCUAUAAAGGUCCCCCAGACCACUGGAUCGGCCUCCAGAGGGAACAGGACCAGCCCUGGAAAUGGCCAAAUGGCACAGAAUUCAACAACCUGUUUGAAGUAAGGGGAGGAGGAGACUGUGCUUAUCUGAAUGAGAAGGCUGCUGUCAGCUCUUCAAGGUGCUACACGAGGAGAAACUGGAUCUGCAGCAAACCAGAUGUAACGAUGAAGACAAAUGACAAUUCAGCAGGAAGGGACUGAAAUGUCUGAGAAUCACAGAGAUGAUGUCACCAUUUCCUAACAACGCCAUGGAAUGAAAACGUCACUUUAGCAAAGACCCAAUCAGCUUGACAAGUCGCACUGCGCUCAGAUCACUGAACCUUUUGCUGUUUAACACCUAAAACUAAAGUCAGGAAAACAUGUAGGCACAAUGUGAUCAAACUGAAAAGUCAGUGUCCCUAUUUCCCCUGCAUAGUCAGUUGGUCAUCUGGAAAGACCCUUAUAAACAAUCGCAGGAGAUCUGCUGGCUGGGGGGGAUCACAAUUUACCAUCUGAAGGGCUCCAUCAGAAACUGGAACUUUAAAAAAUUGUUCAGUUUUAACAGAUUCAGGUGCACAACUUCUCUUUAACCUCAUUUGAAUGGGGGGCAAGGGGAGAGUGGGAAAGCGUAUUGCUAUAUUUGUAUCAGUCUGUCCUUCUCCUGAAGGGGUCCUGUAAAUAUUUCAGGGGUGUGUUAACGCUAGGGCUUGCGUUAGCCCCUCCACUUGUCCCUGUGGAAUGUGCCUUAGGGAAUUGGGGCGGGGGGGGGGGAGUGCCUGUAUUGCUUUAG